AUGUAUGGAAUCAAGCAACUUACACUCCUGAGCUUCAUGCUCGUCUCGGUCCUUGCGACUAAGGAUGCCCAGAGGACAACAGUUGGCAUUGAAACAACCGACAAUAGCAAGGGCAUUAAUGUUCCAUUGGACGAUUGCCACGAGGUCGCAGAAGAUGAGGUCCUCACAGUUUCGGUUAAGAAGUACUGCCGUGUUUUCACGGGCCCUGAUUGCACUGGUAGAAACACAUUGUUGAAUCCUGGCGAUCACUCUAACAACGAUCCUGUCCCUAUCGAGUCCAUCUACUGUCACGCAACGCCACCGAUCUAG